AUGCGUUGUAUUUUGAGUUUAAAAAAAAAGAAAAAGAAAAAGAAAAGCAGAGGAUUGGGAAGGUUUCUUAAGCAACAAAGAGCUAGGAUUUACAUUAUGAGGAGAUGUGUUGUCAUGCUCCUCUGCUCUCAUGACUAAAUCUCUCUCUCUCUCUCUCUCUCUCUCUCUCUCCUCUCUCUCUCUCUCUUCAAUUGAAUUUGUAAAUAGCAAAUAUAAUUGUUAGGUUAGAUUAGAUUAGGGUGUUAGGGAUGAUUUACUUUCUGUUUGUAUGAUAGCAUUUUUCGCAAUCUAUCACUUUUGAUAGCAUUUUUUGAAGCGCUAUAAAAUGCGAUAUUUUGUUGUAACAUGAGCUAUCUAUUUCCAUACGUGGAAGAGAUUUUAAUUGAAGUUAUAUCAGCAGCUGUUGUUGUUCUUGUAUUUUUA